AUCAGUUCCCAUGGUGACGUCAGGCAGUCGGGCUGGGCCGCCGUACAAACAUGUAACGGUGCACCGAACCCCAGCAUCGCUCCCUGGGACCCAACUCAACAAACGAGACAAAGCGAGGUCCCAUGAGAACUUUAUCCCGGACGGUUCGGCUUCCGCUGAGGUUCGGCAGCACCUCGGCAGGGCGCGGACCUCACUAGCUAAUCUGUAGCUGCGCUAGCUAGCCUCGGCGUCUGAGCUCCCAGCUGCAUCCUCCACUAUCUAGUUCACAACUGACCGAAGACUAACAGCUGGUUCCAGGGCGUCAGAUGCGGUGAAGCGCGGCUCCUUUCCGCCUCGGCACCUGUGGGGUGUGGGGACGCUCCUCCAACUAUGGACAAACAGGCAGACACCAGUACACCAGGGAAAGCCAGUGGGCUCAAACCCCCCAGUAAAAUAGCCCGUCCAGCUGCUGCUCCAGCUAAGACAUCUCCAUGUUCUGGGACCCAAAAGCCAGAUCCCCCUGAGAAGCCCCCUGGCAACAUCAGCUGCCCGACCCCUGAUGGAUGUGGGGACUUUCAGAUUGGAGAGCGGGUCUGGGUCAACGGAAACAAGCCCGGUUAUGUGCAGUUCAUUGGAAGCACCCAGUUUGCUCCUGGCCAGUGGGCGGGCAUUGUGCUGGAUGAUCCCAUUGGGAAGAACGACGGCUCGGUGGCAGGGGUCCGCUACUUCCAGUGUGAGGAUGGGAAGGGGAUCUUCACGAGGCCGUCGAAGCUAUCGAGGACUCUACUGCCAGAGAAGGAGGCGAACGGAGGCCAAGCCACUCCAGCAAAGAGAGAAUCUGCACCUGCUGGCACGGCUCCAGGUACUGGCAUGAAGACAAGUGGUGCACUUAACCGAGUGAUCACAUCUAGCGAGUCGGUGUCUAACCUCUCAGACACAGAGUCCAUGAAGAAGAACCGAAGGGAGCUGAGGCUGGGAGAUCGUGUCCUGGUUGGUGGUUCCAAAGCUGGAGCGGUGCGGUUUCUGGGAGAGACAGACUUUGCCAAAGGAGAGUGGUGUGGAGUGGAACUGGAUGAGCCUCUCGGCAAGAACGACGGCGCCGUAGCAGGGACCAGGUACUUUCAGUGCAUGCCCAGGUACGGCCUGUUUGCCCCGGUCCACAAGGUGACUCGUAUCGGCUUCCCGUGCACGACGCCCACCAAGGCGAAGAGCUCACAGAGGAGGUCUCUCCUCAAGCGGAGCCCCAGCGCUUCUUCCAUCAGCUCGCUCAGCUCCGCCACCUCCUCGAUCAGCGGCAAGCCCAGCCGAGCCGGACUGCUGACCGAGACAUCUGCUCGGUAUGCACGUAAGAUCUCUGGCACCACCGCGCUGCAGGAGGCUCUGAAGGAGAAGCAGCAGCACAUCGAGCAGCUUCUGGCGGAGAGAGACCUGGAGAGGUGUGAGGUGGCGAAGGCCACCAGCCAUGCGGGAGAGGUGCAGCAGGAGCUGGCUCAGCUGAGGAAAGGCCGGGACCAGUAUGCCAUGGAGAUGGAGGCGAAGUUGGAUCAGCUGCGUUCACUGGUGGAAGCGGCGGAUCGAGACAAAGUGGAGCUGCUUAACCAGCUGGAGGAAGAGAAGAGGAAAGUGGAAGACCUGCAGUUCCGCGUCGAGGAGGCUUGCAUCACCAGGGGAGACCUGGAGACGCAGACCAGACUGGAGCAUGUCCACAUAAAGGAGCUUGAGCAGAGCCUCCUCUUUGAAAAGACCAAAGCUGAAAAACUCCAGAGGGAUUUAGAGGACACUAGGGUGGCUACGGUGUCUGAGCGCUCCAGGAUCAUGGAGCUGGAGAGGGAGGCGGCCGACCUCCAGCUCAGGCUCAGGGCCUUCCAGCAGAAGGAGGACGCCGUGUCUCUGUCCCAGCAACAGAUCGGCAGCCUAAAGGCCCAGGUUCAGUCUCAGGAGAAAAAGAUCAGUGAGCAGAGUGUUGACCUGGAGAGUAAACAGAAAGAGCUUCGGUCUGUGCAGCAAGAUAAGCUGUAUCUGGAAGAGCAACUAACCAGCCUGAAACAAAGGCUUGACGCAGCCGAGGAGGAGAACAGGAGGACGGCUAAGACCAUGCAAGAACUGGAGCAGAGCGUGGAGCAGUGGAAGAAGGACUGCCAGACCCAGAAAGAGCAGAGUGAGACCAGGGAGGGAGAGCUGAAAGCCCAGCUCACGCAGGUGACGGAGAUGUCGGAGCGGACGACCCGGUCGCUGGAGCAGCUGACCAAUGAGAAGGAGACCCUGGAGACGCAGCUUGAGGCUUUGAAACAGCAGAACUCCAAAUAUAAGGAGGAGCUCAAUCUGUCGAAGGAGCGCAGCAGCUCAGAAAACCAGCGUAUUGGAGUCCUCUGCAAGGAAAUUGAGGAUCUAAAGCUGGCCUCACACAAGUCCCAGCAUCUAGGCGAGCGCAACGAGGAUCACGGCAGUGAGCAGCCCGACAUGAAGAGCAGAGAAUCUGGGGGCGAAAGAAGCCUCCAGGAAUCCACUGGAGUCCUAAUGCCAGACAAAGAUCGCGAACUGGAGAUUCUGAGAAACGAGAUUGCCGUUCUCCGAGUAGAAAACGCCAUGGCCAAGACCCUGCAGGCGGCCGUGGAGACGUUGGAGAGAGACAAAGCUCAGCUGCAGAGUCGGGUCAACAGUCUAGAGCAAAGGCUCAUGGGAAGGCAGGCGUCUGAGGGAGAGGACCAGGAGCCUGCACCUUCAGGUGAUGCAGUUCUGGAGCAGUUGAGGGAGGAGAAGGAGUUUGCUGAGGGACAGAUAAACUUCCUGAACAGCGUGAUAGUGGACCUGCAGCGGAAGAACGAGGAGCUGAAGAUCAAACUGAAGAAGCUCGCGCUGGCUGAAUUCAAUUGCAACGACGGGACCGAUGGUUUUGAUGAAGCCGUGUCAAAGCGGGAGAAGAAGGUGACCCCCCGUCUCUUCUGUGACAUCUGCGACUGCUUUGACCUCCACGACACUGAAGACUGCCCCACUCAGGCCCAGAGCCCCGACUCGGUACCUCACUCCACCUACCACGGCAACCGGGCCGACGAGAGGCCGUACUGCGACAUCUGCGAGGCGUUCGGACACGCCACCGAGUUCUGCAACAUUGACCAGACCUUCUGAAGCUCCAGCAUUCCGGUCUCCUCCCUUUCCCCUUCGUCAAACACUAAUCCUUCUCACGAGUUUUCCAUAGUGUAUUUUUCUACCGUACUUAUGCAUAUCGCUGGUGGCCACUGUCUUGGAGUCUACAAGAUGAACUGUUCUGACUGUGAUGCAGGAUGCUCGUCCAAAUAUGCUGCUUUGGUGCAAUAUUCGAUGUUCCUACCGAAGGAGUUGGUCGUCGGCACUUGUCGUUUUAACUGUUGUUUUGCAUUGUGAGUCUUGAGUAAUGUUAGUUUUUGAUUAGCAACAAAGUGAUGCAACAUUUUGAGCACAGAAACACCUGAAGGGAAAACGAGGCACUGCUGCAGCUUUACAUUCCUGGUUUUUACCAAGUUCCUCAGUGUGUGCGGCUACAAACCAGAAUCAAUUCUAGGUCAAACUGUUUACGAGCAACUGUUUACAGCGGGGCAUUAAGUUCACUGUUAGAAGAAUUGUAGGAAAAUGUCCAAAUAGUUUGAUAAAACUGUAAUAUUUAAAAUAAUAUCAACAGAAAACAUGACAUUCCAAAUGAUUAUAUUUGCUCUUAUAUUGCUACACCUUAGGGCCACACAGCACUAAUGCUACCACUGUUCUGUCCUGUUAGUCCAGCUUUAUUAUCCUUCAUCCUGAUUUGUUCAGGAAAUGUUGCUUCAUCCCAAAAAAUCAUGUUUAUUUUAAUAAUCUAUAUAUUUUCAAAAUACUACAACUAAUGAAGGCAUUUUAUUUUUUAUUCUUUAAAUAUUGACGUUUGUUUGAAACUGUCAAAUGUUAUUGUCAAACAAAAUGGUUCUUAUAAUAUUACAGUUUUAUUCAAUUUAUUCUGGAAAUAACUUGUGACUAAUAACUUAUGAUAACUAAAAAACUAGACACAAAACACUAUAUACUGUGACACUUAAUAUUACCCAAAUAAUCUUUUAGUCAAAAUACUGCCAAUUUAUUCUUAUACAUUUUGAGUUUUGAUGUUUUGACUUUUUUUUACAAAAAACUACAACUUUAUUCUUCAAACUAAUGUUUUUUUAUGAAAUAUUACAAAAUUUGUAUUCUAUUUAUUUUUUAAAUAUUUAGACUUUUUAGCGGCCUUUCUAAUCCAUCCAAGAAUCUAAACGUAAGAAACUUUAAAUGAACAUCGCCACAAAACGUGAUCAAACAUUAUCUCUCAUCUUUGAAACUGUAUUUAGACUCUGAACUCGAGCUGUUCAUCUGAAGCCUUCAUCUUUAUCAUGUUAACCUCAUCAGUGGUUUGUGGAAGCGCUAAGCUCAUACUUCUACUGUUUCUGGUGAUAAGGCUCAUAAGAGCAGAAAAUAACAUUUCAGUGUAGUAGUUUGACUACAGCAUUUACAUUUUUGGAUAAAACUUAUUCUAAGUAAGCAACAUCCUGAAUACACCUGAAGGUUUCUGUAGCCGAGGUUAAUUUGAAGGAUUUAUUUUUGUUAUUUAUUGUCCGAUGUUUCACUGCCCAUGAUUUUCCUACAGGGACAUAAACUAGCACUGAUGACAUGUAUAGUCUGUACCACCACUGUCGUAAAUAGAUGUCAAUUGCCCUGAUGAAACUAGAAGCCUUGACUCAGUUAGAUUUGCACUGUCCACUUUAAAGACUCAGAAGAAACACGCAGCGCUUUAAUAUUAUGACUCCAGAGGUUUUUUAAGGUUAUUGUAUCAUAAAGGUCAGUAGAAGUUCGUCAGUGUUGUCCCACUCUUCAAACCCACCGUGUGACAGUUUGGGAAAUAUGCUUGUUGUGAUUCUUACUCAUGUUUAGCCCAUCCCCAUGUUUUAGAUUAGCUUAGCUUAGCAUAACGUCUGUUUCCUAAACAGUAUGACUAUAAAGCACUAUUAUUUAAGUAAUGUUACUUAGAACACUUUAUGGUAUAUUUUGCUGCUACUCUUGUAGUGAAGUUCUUGUUGCUCUUGUUGUUCUGUUGUACAGUGUUCCUUCCACUGACAUGGACUAAGACCUGUUUCCCUCAGGUUCUUUAUGCUAAGCUAUGCUAAAGGGUUGCCAGAUGUGGUAGGAUCAAUACAAUAAAAUCUGCACCCUCUAAAGUACAUUUCUCAAAGGUUCCUUUUUUUCAAGAUUUGAAUAUUUAUUUUCAUGACUGUUUCCAUUUUUUCUCAGACAUAUUGCUCUUUUUUGUGAUAUAUGGCUUUUUCUUACAUUCUUAUUUAAUUCUGAUCUGUGGCAUUGUGGGUAUUGUAGUGUGCAGCACUGUACUGCACUGUACUACGCAGGGUACAAGUAACUGAAUAUGACACGACACAACUGAAUUACAUUUCUUGUCCAAACCCAUAUUUCCCAAACUGUGUGUCUGUUUCUUCAAAUAACUUGUGUAGCAGCAUGUUUUUGACUGAUGUUGUUCUGAAGCACAAUUCUGGAUCAUAUUGAAUCUUCUGAUAUAACAGUGUAUAAUACAUGAGAUGACACUAGUCUUUGUAAAUACUAAUCAGAGUCUUUCUGGGGAACGUGUACAUGGUGCCAUGGAACAGAACAUAGGUUUUAUGUGUACUACAUUUUAUUUUUCUGCCCUGUUAAUAUUCUGUUGUACGCGGAGGUUCCAGAAAAACAAAGCAUUUCUAUAAAGGUGUCAUUUAUAAACUAUACGCCUGAUUAUUAGCCUUCUGUUUUAUAUGUAACAGUUUUAGGACCAUGUUGGAAUGAUUUGAAUAUUUUUCAGAUGUUAAUGUGAUGUAAGCUGUCACUGUUUUCUAUGUGCUGUAACAGUUCAAUAAAUAAACUAAAGAAA